CUGCAAAGCGAGGUUAAAGGUAAAACAUAGCAAAAAUGGCCGCGUUGGAGGAAAGACAACAAUAUGGAUUGUCUUCCCGCAAUGAAGGCGACAAAACAAUCAUUCAUUUGAAACUUACUGAUUCUGCUUUAAAAACACUUGAGGAGUAUGCAAAAAAUAAGGAUGUACAUCGUAAAGCAAAUAUCAAAUUUCAGAAUAACUCUGGGUCUAUCCAAAUUCCAUCGCUCAGAGGAGAAAAUAGAACAUUCCAGUUCUCAUUAUCAAGUAUACAGGGUGACCUGAAUGGCAGUUUUGAUUGCUUAGAGCAAUCUACUUCUAGAUUUGGAAGCCAUAUAACUUCAUUAGGCUGUAUGACUCAGCGGAUAGUGGUGCAAGCUUCUGAUGAUGUCUACAAAACAACCAAGGAACGUAUGACAUUGGCUGAAGAAGAGAGCAAAAAAGUUUGCACGAAGGAAAUCAAGCCAACUGGGUCGUUUAUGCGCCACAUAUACAAAAAGGUCAAUAAAAACUCUAAUGCUAUGUCUUUGAAUAAAACUCCAAGUGCAAUAAACCAAUCAUGGUCAGGCCAUGGUUCCCAUCACUUAUCCCACCACUCUGGGGUAUCAAGCAACUCUGGUAGUCAUUCCAAUUCUGUUGGUAAUGGAUAUUCUAGCCAGAGUAGACUACCAUCUUUACACUCUUCAUCGUCACCGCAUACUGGAACUGGUUUUUCUCAUUCAGGGAGCAGCAUAAAAAGAAAUGCCCAUAAAUCAGCUAUAGUUGAUGAACCAUAUCGUGAUAGAAUUAUUCAUUUAUUGGCUCUACGACCUUAUAAUAAGGCUGAGUUGCUGCUACGGUUGAAAAAAGAUGGCAUACUUGAUAAGGAUAAAGAAUGUUUAGCAUCUAUAUUAGAUGAUGUUGCCUCACAAUAUAAAGAUAAUAAAUAUACUUUGGCCAAACACGUAUUGAGUGAAGUGCGGUUAGAAUGGCCCUAUUACUCAGACGGGGAGCGUCAGUUAGUUCGAAGGAGAAUAGCAACUGAUGGUCGGAGUGCUUCAAAUUCUCCCGAAGAGUCAUCACCUCAUCACAAUAACAGCCUGCCUACUAGCUGUAGUCCUUAUGGGGCAAACAAUUUACAAAAGCGAAUGCCUGACAGUUCAGCUGUCGAUGGUAAUUUUCAUCCUCCAAAGAAACUACGGGUUUCACCUCCCAUGUUGGGAGACAAACAAAUGAACGGGACUGUUAAGAAACCAUCCGCAAAAAUCGAAAACCACUCAGCUUCCAAUAACGUCGCAAACAACAUUUUAACUAAUGGCCUGAACAAAACAGCUGAUCAGAACCAGACUCAUCAAAAUUCUAGAAGCAACUACAGUGAUCAUCAAGCUGUUGUGUCCAGCAAAAAUGAAGAAAUACCUUCUCCUUCGUCUUCACCAGACAAUGAUACUUCUAACUAUCUAAAUAAAUAUUCUGUGAUAUGUCGUGAUAGUCAACGCCAGGAAUAUAAAAAUGACUUCAAUGUCGACUAUUUUGAAUACCAACAAUUAUAUAUCGCUAUUAACAAAGUCUCCCAGAAAUUUCUGGAUUGGAAUAGCCAAAUGAAGAAGGUCUCAAAGGGGUCUCCAGAUUACGAGAAACUGGAGAGGAAAAUAUUUAAAGAAUAUGAUCUAACUAAAAACAACACAAAAUUUAUGGAAACUAAAAUUAGAUUUGAAUUCCUACACCGCAAAUUGAGACAUAUAAAAAAGUUGGUUUCAGAUUACGACCAAAAGCAAAUGGCUAUGAUGAGAUCCUAACAUUGGCUCUUUGGCUUUCUUUUCUGACCCUUCUUUAUGCUAUGGCGAUUCUAGACCUUUUUCACUGUCAAAUGACCAGCUAAUUGUUGGACUUUGGAUUUACUAAGUCACUAAUUAAAAACUUCAGCCAAACACUUUUUGGCUAUAAAUUUGCAUAUAAAAAAUGGAAAAAAAAAAUGAAAAAUAGAAAACAACAAAAAAUGGGGAUAAACCCUGUUCUUUCCUAUAUAAUGCUAAAAGUAAAAGGAAAAAAAGAAAAAGUAGUAAAAAAAAAAAAGCAUUAAGUAAUUUUAACUGUUCAAAUAUAAAACAAAAACAAAAAAACAACAGAAAGCAAGAGUGAAGGUGUGAUUGCAAAUUUCUCUCAAGAUCUUGCUCUGUCAAAAAUCUUAUUUGGGUUACCUAAUGCUGAGCAGAGUAGUUUUUGAAAGACAGUUAAGCUAUCUUAUGUUUCAUACAUUUAAUGCAUACACUAAAUCUAUAAAAGAAAAAAAAAUAUCUUUUUACAGAAUUGUGUGUGUAUGUGUGUGAGUUGUGUGUAUGUAAAUGUAUGUUUAUUUCUCCGACUGGUUGUCAGUAUUUAACUUCCAACUCAUUCUGUGAUGGUAUUUUUUUUUUUUUUGGUCCAUUCCUACACCUCUUCCAGUUCCAACUCCCUUCUUUUUUUUUUUUUUUCCUAGUCUCAAGAGAAAGCUAAUUUUUACAUACAUGCUCAAAAAAUGAAGAAAGAAUAAUAUUAAUUAAAAAGUGAGAGAGAGAGUGAAAGAUAGGCUUAAAGUGAAACCAAUUUCUUUUUACAUUUUCUUUUCAGAUUCUGUUUAUUAUAAACAAGUUUAAUUUGAAUAUACAUUUCCUUCCUCACUCUCUCUCUCUCUCUCUCUCUCAUAUAUACACUCACACACACACACACACACACACACACACACACGUGCACAUAUUCCUCUCUCCUGCUCAGUCUUACACAGACAUAAAUACAUGGUACAAACAAAGUGUGUUGGAAUAAUAAUAAUAUAGAUCCUCCAAGGAUGUUUUUUGUCUUUCAAAAGAUUUCUCCCCAACAUGUGUACAAGUAAUAAGUUAACUCAUGCUCUUCCUUUCCUAAGUAUAAAACAAAAAAAAAACAAUGAAAUUAACAAAAAAAAAAUACUAA